UUGCGUGUUGCCCCGGAGACCUAAUGUAGGAAGUCAUUCCACUGCUUACCGUUCUUGUUUUGACAGCUACAAGUGCGUGUGAACGUUAAACCAGCUUUACUGUGUUUUUUUUCCACAUUUAUCUCAUAACAAAUUCCAACACGAAGAAGUGCCCAGAGGAGCUGUUAUUGUGGACACCAGAGUGCGUCAAAUUGACAAGAUGAAUUUAUAAAAAGCCACUUUUCUUAGAGGUAUCAGUCCAUGAGUCGCAGCCGGAACCCUGCACCUCACCGGGGUCAAGGGGCUGCCCGCGCCAAACAGAUGGGGCUGCUCCUUGAUCUCACCCCGGAAGAGGGGAUGGAUGAUGACGGCAACGAUGAAGAUCUUGAGGCAGAGCUUCUGAAUCUGGUUGGAGGAGGAGGAGGAGGAGGACUGCAAAGGAAAAAACGUGAAAAUAAAGCUCCUGUCGCUAUGGCUGAAAUUGAGCGGAUGGCAGCUCUUUGUAUGAAAGACCUGGAUGAGGAGGACGUAGAAGACGGGGAUCUGGAUGAUGAUGAAGAUCUGCUGGCAGAAUUGAAUGAAGUUUUGGAGGAUGAAGAAGAAAGCCGCUCUGCUCACACCUCACAGGCUGGUACCCCUACUGUUCCCAAAGCAAGAGUCACAUCCCAUUCUAGUCCUCCCGUCAACUCCAGCAGUGCAACUGGUCCGGAGUCCCGCUUGUUAGAGCGUAUGGAAAUGUAUAAGGCCGCCAUAUCCAAUGCCACUGCAGCCGGCGAGACAAGCAAAGUCCGAAGAUAUGAGCGUGGAUUUAAGACGCUGCAGUCCAUGCUUACAUCGGUAAGGAAAGGUAAGCCGGUCAAUGAGGACGAGAUGCCACCUCCUGUUGCUGCAGGCGGACAACUCAGUGCUGCAGAGCCUGAAUCCAUCAAGGAGCGACAGGUCCCAGAGCCUGUCUUAAUGCCCUCCCCUCCAUCCAAUCAAAAACCUACACGCGAGGCAGCGCCAACAGCUCCGAACGCUAAGCCACGCCAUCUAGCUCCACACCAGAACCAGGCUACUGCCGUCACUCCAGGAACUCCUGCUAUCUCUCCCCUCGCACCUCAGCAACCCAGCACACGACACUCUGAGCUUAAACAGGCCGUGUUAUCCCGACAGAGGGAGUUCAAAGUGGCUGCCAUACAAGCCAAGCAGAGUGGCGACAUUGACCUGGCCAAACAACAGUACGUCACUGCCAAGAACCUGGACUCGUUGUUGGAGGCCAUAGACAAAGGUGAACCAGUAGACCUCAGCUUGCUCCCUCCACCCCCUGGAGAUGUAGUAGCAGAGACCAAUGUACCUCAUUCCUCUAAAGCAGCACCUCCUGCUGCUCCUGCUGGACACACCCAGUUGCCACCUGCUGACGUUCGUGCUCCCAGUAGUGUGGCAGAAGCCUUGCAGCAGAGGCUGGACAUAUACAAGUCAGCAGCGGAGACGGCUAAGAGCAAAGGAGAAGACCGUAAAGCCCGCAUGCAUCAGCGCAUUGUAAAGCAAUACCAGGAUUCCAUUAAAGCGCACAAGGCUGGACGACCUGUCAGUUUGUCCGAUCUGCCCGUACCACCAGGGUGCCCACCAUUACAGGGCUCAGAGAGUGAGCAGCAGAACUUCAUGGGUGUCCUGGAAACAGCUAUGAAAAUUGCCAAUCAGGAUCCAGAUGCAGAAGAAGAGGACGGUCCAAGAGAAUCUGCCAAACCCUCAGCGCACCCGCCUGCCCAGAAAGCCAAAUCUCCAACUCCAGGCAGCUCCACAACACUAAAACUAGGACCCAGAGCCCAACAGCAAGUGGACUUCCUGUUGCUACGGCGACAGGCUUUUAUGCGUGCAGCACUGCGCUCCAAGCAGAUGAAGGACAUGACGGCAGCGACGCAGCACCUCAGGCACGCGAAAGGAUUCGACCCCAUGAUUGAUGCCGCCAAGUCUGGCCUUCCUGUUGAUAUUACCAAGAUUCCCAACAGUCCAGUCAGUGAGGAGGACUGCUCGUUGGCUCGUUCCCGGACAUCUCCACUUUCUCCUCGCACCAGUGAGCAGUACCAUGGCCUCAUGGAUCUUUUGCGGAAGCAGCAUGAGAAAUGUGUGAGCUACUCUCAGCAGUUCACAAACAUGGGCAACGUUGCAGAGGCUCUCAAGUGUGAGAAGCUCAUGGAAGAAUCUUUCAAAAACAUCGAGAUACUGAAGAAUGCCCACGCCAAGGGCCAUCCAGUUCCCAAGUGCCGCACAGAGGAGAAGACCUUCAGUGUCGCAAAGAACUACCCCAAUGUGGCUGCCAAUGAAAUGCUGCUGUACAUCAUCAGAGGCAUCAACUUGCCAGCUCCCUCUGGGGUCUCACCCAAUGACCUGGACGCCAGCGUCAAAUUUGAGUUUCCUUUUCCCAGCGCGGAGGAAGCACAGAGGGACAAAACCAACACGGUCAAAAGCACCAGCAGUCCGGAGUUUAAAGAGCAGUUCAAACUCAACAUCAACAGAGCGCAUCGAGGAUUUAAGCGAGUCAUCCAGUCCAAAGGCAUCAAAUUUGAAGUCAUCCACAAGGGGGGCCUCUUCAAAACAGACAAGGUUUUGGGCACAGCUCAACUGAAGCUGGAGGGCCUAGAAAACCACUGUGACAUCAGAGAGAUUAUUGAGGUGAUGGACGGACGUAAAGCCACAGGUGGAAAGCUGGAUGUGAGGGUGAAGCUCAGGGAACCGACAUCCGGGGUGGAUCUCCGGCCAGUGACCGAGAAGUGGCUGGUCCUUGAACCCGUCACCCCACUCUCACCUCCAGAGAGAAAACAAGAACGGGCUCCAUCUCCUCGGUUCAAAGCCAAACAUGAAGCGAGCAGCAGGAGCAGUCACCCCAACAACUCCCCUCCUCAGUACAAACUGCACAGCUUCAGCCUCCUCAACUUUGACAAAGAGCGCUUAGAGAGAAAGCUUGCAGAAUACAAAAAGAGCAGACGAGACCCCCCCGGUGAUGUGCUGCAUCAGUACAAAGAGGUCACACACAGGCUGCAGUGGCAAAAGGCGCAGCUUGAGGGAGCCUCUCCUGCUCUGCUAACAGAGUAUGAAAAUGUGUUGCGGCGCUUCACCCAAGGACUCGCUGACUCUGUGAAGAAGUUCUCAAGUCAAGGCAACAGGGAUGCUGCCAAGGAUGCUCUGAGCAGGUUGAAGAUGGUGGAGGCUGAGUUGGAGUCACUGAAAAGGAAACGCGCUGGAUAAGAACAGGCGAGGGAAGCGACGCAUUGGCUGGAGUACUCUUAUCAUCUCUUCUCUCUCCUACACACACACACACACACACACACACACACAAACACUUCAGCACUCCACUCUUAAGUCCUUUAGCACGACUCUGCUCGUAAAUGCAUGAUGCCGUCUAUUCAGUGAUAUCUUUCACAAGCGACAGUCAUGUUAUAUGCUAAGAGAAAGGCAUUCUGGUGUUCGUGACCAAUAAGAUGUCCUGCAAAAUGUCCAAAAUGUUUUUUCUCAGCCAAGCGGAACGUCGCUAUAAAGCUGUCUGAGGUCACACAGGGUUCCGCUAUCAGAUCACGUGACCGCGUCCACGCCAGCAUCUGGUGUGACGUGCGGAAUACGUCGGCCCUCGCAGCCGACUUCCCGCUAGUCCCUUUCACACAGCCGCUCUUCUGUUACGAUUGCAUGCAUUUCGUAUUUUGUGUGGGUCAGGAUCUUAAUCUGUCUGCUCCAAUGUUUCUAGAUUAUAGUAAUCUGCUUCAUUUGGAGUGCUGUGAUAUGGGGGGGGGGGAAGAAUCACAGCCUAUAUCCCAUAAUGAGGGAUUAGUGCUCAUGUCACCAAGGAGACGAACAGAUCAGGCGCAAAGUCGCCUUUGGGGUUUCAAAGGGGGGCGAGUGUGUUCGUGGUUCUUCAUCGCCUCCUUCACCUCCACUUUCUUCACACUAACUCCUUCACGUGCGAUCACAAAUGACUCCCAGUUACACACUGUCCCAUUUGGCUUUUCCUCCAACUCUGACAGCUAAAUCCAUAACGCUGUCUAUUAGAAAAAAAAAGAUUCAUUCACACUCCUGUCGUUGAGUUACAUCAGGGGUGUCCAAAGUGCGGCCCGGGGGCCAUUUGCGGGGGGCAGCUGUAUUUUUAUUGGCCCGCAGCACAUUCUAAAAAUAUAAUUUAACCAGAAAAACAAACAAACAAACAAAAAAAAACAGCAAAAACGGAAAAAUCAGAUAUUAUAAAUAUCAAAUAUUAAGAAAAAAAGGUGCAAUCUAACGAGAAAAAGUGGUAGUUUUACAAGAAUAACGUCGUAAUAUUAUGAGGACAAAUAGCACCAUUUUAGUAGCGUAAAGUUGAAAUAUGGAAGAAAUAAGACAUUUUUUAAAGAAACUAACAAAUCAAUGAAUCAAGUCAUAAUUUUUGGAUAAUUAAUUAAUUAAUUAAUUAAUUGCAGAAAAGGUUACAACGUUACGAGAAUAAUGUCAAAAUAUUAGGGGAAUAAAGUCAUAAUUACAAGAAGAAAAUUUACAAGAAGAAAGUUGAAAUAAUGGGAAAAUUAAAAAGGAAAACCAAGCAGAAAUGGAAAAAAACAGUUCUCAUUUUACAAGAAUAAAGUCAAAAACUAGGAGAAAAAAAUUUGUAUUCGGACGAGGAAAAACAAGUCUCCAUAUUAUGAGGAAAAAUAACAUCAUUUUAGUACCAUAAAGUUGAAAUAUUAAAGAAAAAAGAUUGUAUAAAUUAUAUUAUGAUGAAAAACAAACAAAACAACAAAUAAAGUCAUACCUUUUGGAUAAUUUACUACUUGCAGAAAAAGUUAUAAUGUUACGAGAAUAAAAUAUGGGAAUAAAGUCAUUGUUACAGUUUUACAAGUUUACAAAAAAAUAGCAGAAAUGGGAAAAAACAGCUGUAACUUUGCAAGAAUAAAGUCAAAAUAUUCGGGGAAAAAAAGUCGUAUUCUAACGAGGGAAAAAAAGUUGCAGUUUGUAAUAUUGUGAGAAACAAAGAAAACCAAAUAAAGUUGUCAUGUUUGGAGAUUUAGGUUGGGGAAAAAGUUAUAAUAUUAUGGGAGUAAAGUCAUAAUCUUACGAGAAGAAAAUUUGUGGAGAUUAUUUAAGAAGAAAGUUGAAAUAUUGGGAAUAUUUAAAGCAACAACUGCAAAAAUGUGGGGAAAAAUGUUUUCACUCAUAUCACAAAGCUUAGAUUAAAUAUAUAUCACGUCUUAGCAUAUCUACAUGUGUUACUUUGUAAAAUAUCAAAGUGGCAAAGUUGCAUCCUUUCAUUUUUCACCGUUUGUCCCUCUCUGGAAAAAGUAUGGACACCCCUGAUUUACAUUAACAACACUAAGAGUUUUUGGUCACAUGACAGAGCAAAGCGUCCUGGUGCAGGCUGACCUGAUAAGGUUUUGAUGGAACACUCCUCCCCCCGCAGCAGAUCCCCGCUUUUCACGGGGGUCACCAGCAAAUGGUGAAAAUACACGGGUAAUUGAUACACCCAUAAAAAUGUCUCCUUUUGGCACACAGCUCGCUUCUCCCCCUCCAGACCCUCCUGCUGGCGUGAUGUUGGAUCAACAUUUGCAAUAAAAGGAACUGUUGUCAUUAUUACCUUCAGCUCCAGACCCCACCCCUUCUCUUUUCAAUUGCCGUUGUUCGGUCAUGACACAAUCCAGGUUUAAGCCCUAAAUAUGCCUCACAUGCUUAUUAAACUCAUUUAAAGUUUAAAAUGGAUAGCUUCUCACCACUAAUCAAUGAUAAUGUAAGAUAAUCAAUGAACAGAUGGAAUCGGAUCCACGGUGUAGCCUUUAGCCUGGUCGUCAGGCUAGCGUCAGCAUCAAAGGAGUUUCUCCGAGCCACAGUUGCUUGUUGCGAUUCCACUAACGACUCACCGUCGUACGUUAACUUGUGUUCACCCCGCUGCACGUUUUGAGGCCACAUUGAGCGCAAAAGCUAGCGCUAACAUAGCCAAACAAACUUUUGCGUCCCAUAUUUAUAAAUUGUUACCAAUUUAGAAUGAAUGAGAUGGUUUCUGCUGGCUAUUUUUGGAGGGAAAAAAAGAAAAAUUGUCAAAUUUGCGAAUGCUAAUGUGCGGGAUCCGCUGUCUAAGAAUAUUUGCUCUCUAUUAGAGGUAACUUUGGGUUCUCUUAAGCAAGCGUUUUUGGUGAAAUGGCAAUGGAGGGACAAAUGGAUAAGCAUCUGCUUGAAGGAAAAGUAACCUUUUGUGUAGUUUGUCAACAAAUGACAGGAAGUGGGACAACCGAACAACAUUAAUUAAAGCUGCCAGCAGCGUUGAACGGGCCCUCGCACCGCCACACAACUUGGUGGUCAUGCGAGUUGGUGCUCACGCGGACGCAGGACUUGACGCAGUAUCCCGAAUUCGAAAGAAAUCCAGGCAUCUCGGGCAGCAUUUUAACAUGCAUAAAAUUUAUCCAGUAGGGGGCGCCAUCUGAGUCGCUGUAUACACACAGUCAGGGGGUGGACAAUUGAGGCAAUUAACUUAGGGACUGUACCAAUGAUGAUGAUGAUCUGACCUUGUGGAGCCAAGUUAUUAACCUUUACGGUGGUUCAAAGCAACGUUCAAAUCAGAGCACCAAAGUUUGUCACCAUGCCCCGCCCACAUCUCACGGACAAGCCUCAAAUGCUUCGUAAUUUUACAUCGCCCAUCUGUCUAGUGUCCGCCGAUUUUCAUUUGGGCACAUUUGGUUAAAGUCCUUAAGACUAGUUUGUCAAAAUGCAACCUGUGGUUUUUGCCCAAAAAUCGCCAUUGCGGACCAAAAUGGCCGACUUCCUGUUUGUUUGGGAACAUGGGUUCUUGAGACUUUUUUGUGCGUCCUGUCAUGAUUGACAUCACCACCAAAUUCCGUGACGCUCCAUGAAACUGGUGGCACGGGCUUUUUUUUAUUAUUAUUAUUUUAAAGGGCCGCUAUUGAGUGAGUUUUGGGAACUUGUGUUUGGGACCCCUGUAAAGUCAAAAUUUUCACCGGACCUGAUGCCCUUGCAGAUUUUGGUGAGUUUUUAUGCAUGGUAAGGCCCUCAAAAAUGCAUUUAAAUCAGGAGAAUAAUAAUAAACAUAGCAGUUUCAAACUGGCCUUCACCCCGCUAUCACUGGUGCUCGGGCGCUAAUUACGGCUGAAUUCAGUUUGGCGGCCUGCAGUAUUAUGCACGUUUACUCACUGCCGUGGUUCCCUGAUGUGAUGCACACCUGUGUCCUCUUUACAAGUCCUGUGUCUAAAAUGCAUCACAGUAAACACCCGAUAGUGUUAUGACAUGUUCCACAUCGUCUGUAAAGUCAUAAUAAUAAUAAUAAUAAUGAUAAUGAAUGAGUAAUGCCAAACGUUUCUGGCCACUUUGAGUUCAUUUGAACCUGAUCUAACACACGCUUAAACCGCACAUCACCUGGCAACACAAACGCAUGACCCCCUCUUUGAGUAAGAGGCUGGCUUGUUGUCAUGGUGACCAGCUCAUAAGCAUUCAGUGUGGAUUUUGGGUGGUUUGGGUAGGGCAGAAGGACAUAUUGCAAAAGUUUGCUCAGCUGGUAACACACACACACACUUGUUAUCCUUUCUCAUCUUUGUCUCUGUUAUGAGGCUACACUACCUUAAAGAAAGCUGCUCAGUAUGUUUGUCAUUGAAUGCUCUACAAUACUGUUUGUAUUCCUCUUAUUCAACCAAUCAUUGAACAAUCAAGUUUUUAUGCUGUUCUUUCAUGUCUGGGCAAUCCGAGAAAUAUACUAUUUAUAUGAAUCAAAUAAAGAGCUUGGUAUGCUGUUAUUUGUGGGAAUGAAACAAGGCCUUAUUAGUCUUUAUUGUAUGACAAUGUACAUGCUUUGUGUUUAUAUGAAUACAUGGUACAAGUUGUGAAUUCUUGUUGGGGGGCAUUUUUUUGCAUGUUUGUCACACUUACAUUUUCAGAUAAUCAAACUAAUUUCGAUAUUAGUCCAUGACAACACAACUGAACACAAAAUGCAGAUUUUAAAUGCAACUUUUUGUUAAGGGAGAAAAAAAAAUCCAAAGCUACAUGGCCCUGUGUGAAA